UAUUGGGUUUUCGUUAAAUUUCCUUUUUAAGUAUUUGGUUGAGUUAAAUUUUUAAGUAUCUCACCUAUCCAUCUUUGUUAGCAGCAGCACUCACUAGAGCUCAACUAUUCUUUGCUUCCGCCAUGCGUUCUUCGCCCUUUCACCGAAUAAAAUCAUGAUUUCUUUCCAUUCCUUUGAUUUAAUCGGUGAAUCCCUCUUUUCCACCGAUUAGAUCUCUUCUUACCUCUAACCCUAAGAUCUACACCGAUCAAACCUUCGAAGCCUAGGGUUCUUGAGUAGAUUCGUUUUCUUCCGUUCGUUUCUUCAGCUCGAUCAAGUCCAGAUUUCAUGUUUCUCGCUGAUGUGCCUCGAGCCGCAUUUUGCAUUUUCCUCCAAAAAUGGCUUCUCAAAAUCCAGCGGAAGAUGAAAACUCAAAGCAAAAUUGGUCCCUCCAAGACUUCGAGAUCGGUAAACCUCUCGGCAGGGGCAAAUUUGGUAGAGUUUAUGUUGCCAGAGAAGUCAAGAGCAAUUUUGUUGUGGCGUUGAAGAUUAUAUUCAAGGAACAAAUUGAUAAGUAUAAAAUUCAUCACCAACUAAGGAGAGAGAUGGAGAUACAGACCAGUCUUCGGCACCCUAAUAUCCUGCGUCUUUAUGGUUGGUUUCAUGACACUGACCGUGUUUUCUUGAUUCUCGAGUAUGCUCAUAAAGGUGAGGUCUACAAAGAGAUGAGAAAGAAGGGUCACUUUACAGAGAAACAAGCUGCUACGUAUAUUUUGAGCCUCACAAAGGCGUUGGCUUAUUGCCACGAGAAGCAUGUUAUUCAUAGGGAUAUCAAGCCUGAAAAUUUGUUGCUGGAUCACGAGGGUCGUCUUAAAAUUGGAGACUUUGGUUGGUCUGUUCAGUCUAAAAGCAAAAGACAUACCAUGUGUGGCACAUUGGAUUAUUUAGCACCAGAAAUGGUUGAAAAUAAAGCUCAUGACUCUGCUGUUGAUAACUGGACUCUUGGUAUCCUUUGUUAUGAGUUCCUCUUUGGUGCCCCUCCAUUUGAGGCUGAGAGUCAAGCUGAUACCUUCAAAAGGAUAAUGAAGGUUGACCUAAGCUUCCCUUCCAACCCUUCUGUUUCUUUAGAUGCCAAAAGUCUGAUUAGCCGGCUUCUGGUGAAGGACUCCUCACGAAGGCUCUCUCUUCAGAAGAUAAUGGAACAUCCUUGGAUAGUCAAGAAUGCAGAUUUUUCGGCUUGAUUUGUGCUUUGAAAAUCUUCAUGGAGUCAUCGAUGUAAUCUGCAGCUUUGAAGCUUUUGGAUAAUUGGAUAACUUUAUUUUUGCUUGACUUUUGUAACUUCUACUUUGAGAUCUUAGCAUCAUCGCUUUGUAUCGGUAUCCUCAUCUUCAUGGAUUAUCUUGAUUUAACUCUUCAAUGCAUCUAUUUCCGUUUUUUUAUAUCACUAUCUUCAUUCUUUCCUUGAAUUACUUCAUUCUUUCAAUCAUAGUUGUAGAUGACCUUGUAGCAUAUAUUUGUGUAAUUUGAUGAAUUUGAGGAUCA